GGCUGACAGGUUCCUCGCAGCCGCCGAGGCACUCGACCAGGAUGGGAGGCUGCUCAGCAAAUACAGCCGCCGUCUCCACGGCAGCGAGGCUUUGCUUUUGCUGGCAGUUCCCAGGUGACACUAGGGUUGGAGGGCUUCCGGCCGGAGGCUAUUAGAUGGAACACCCGGAAGGCGGAAGUCCUAAGACGGAAGUGGUCGAGAGGAACAGAGAAUGGCGACGGCGACGGCGACGGCGGCGGCGGCGGCGGCGGGCUGGGUUUGGCGCUGGGGCUGGGGCCGGCGAUGCCCGGGGAGGCCUGGGCUUCCCGGCCCCGGCCCUGGCCCCGCUACACUUCUACUUUUUCUCCUGUUUCUGGGGCCGGUGGCUGCCGACAUAACUGACGGCAACAGUGAACACCUAAAACGGGAGCAUUCGCUUAUCAAGCCCUACCACGGGGUCGGUUCCAGCUCCACGCUCCUCUGGGACUUCCAAGGCAGCACAAUGCUCACGAGCCAGUACGUGCGUCUGACCCCUGACGAGCGCAGCAAAGAGGGCUCUAUCUGGAACCACCUGCCUUGCUUCCUCAAGGACUGGGAGAUGCACGUUCACUUCAAAGUCCAUGGCGCAGGGAAGAAGAAUCUCCAUGGUGACGGCAUUGCCUUGUGGUAUACCCGGGACCGCCUGGUGCCAGGGCCUGUGUUUGGAAGCAAAGACAACUUCCAUGGCUUAGCCAUCUUCCUGGACACGUAUCCCAAUGAUGAGACCACAGAGCGUGUGUUCCCGUACAUCUCCGUGAUGGUGAACAAUGGCUCCCUGUCCUACGACCACAGCAAGGACGGCCGCUGGACCGAGCUGGCAGGCUGCACGGCUGACUUCCGCAACCGCGAUCACGACACCUUCCUGGCCGUGCGCUACUCCCGGGGUCGCCUGACGGUGAUGACUGACCUGGAGGACAAGAACGAGUGGAAGAACUGCAUUGACAUCACGGGCGUGCGCCUGCCCACUGGCUACUACUUCGGAGCCUCGGCCGGCACCGGCGACCUGUCUGACAAUCAUGACAUCAUCUCCAUGAAGCUGUUCCAGCUGAUGGUGGAGCACACGCCUGACGAGGAGAACAUUGACUGGACCAAGAUCGAGCCCAGCGUCAACUUGCUCAAGUCGCCCAAAGACAACGUGGACGACCCGACGGGGAACUUCCGCAGCGGGCCCCUGACGGGGUGGCGGGUGUUCCUGCUGCUGCUCUGCGCCCUCCUGGGCAUCAUCGUGUGUGCCGUGGUGGGGGCCGUGGUGUUUCAGAAGCGGCAGGAGCGGAACAAGCGUUUCUACUGAGCAACGGGCGCUCGGCUUGGGGAAGGGCCCUGGCGCUAAUGUGAACUUUUUUUUUUAACUAGGAUUAUAAAAGAAAAAUAAGAUGAUCUUAUUUCUUAACCAUUUCAAAGAAAUAAUUAAAGAAGUAUUUUCGUACAUUUUGCUUCUUGCCCAGUGGGGACAGGCUUCAGGGCUGGGGAAAAAGGGUUUGACAUCCCCACAGCUGGGGGCAGAGGCCCUUGCCCUAUGCUAGCCUCUCAGGAGCAGGGGGUCUGUGCCUGGUGCUGGCCCGAGAUGCCCGCAGGUGGCUGUUGAACACUGGAGGCCCCCAGACCACACUGGGGUGGGCACCUGAGGACAUGACCAGUGAUCUUGUUCUGUGCUGUGUGGUGUGUGUGACAGAAGAGGAGGCCAGCUGGGGGGCCUGGGCCUUCCUGUUCGCCCUCUGAGCUUCUUUCCAAGGCAGACCCUCGGGGGAGGCUGGAGGAGCCGUUUGGUGGGGCCCAGAGUGUGACGGUUUGCUAAAUAAAGUGAAAUAACCAACCUCA